CUAGGCAGUGGCGUUGCCAUGACAAGCUUUUUCUUAAGCUCUCACUGCUCCGCGCAGGAGGGACUCAACUUGCAAAAGGGUGGAUUUGGAAAGAGAGGCAGGGGAGAAGGACAGGCGGAAAAAUCCAGAGGGACUCGCAUUUCUUCAGAUUAGGAACCUUUAGCUGCAGCAGAGUUCCCCGAAACCCUUAACCGCCCAUCGGACAAGCGGUCUUCCCUCGCACCCCGCCAGCUCCAAACUUCGGGAAGAUCGAGAGCGAGGGACGGGCAAGAUCAGAAAUCAAGGCGCUUUCACAACUCCCUCCUCCCUCCCAUGGAAAUCCAGGGGUUUUUCCCAGCCUGUGGAAGACUGGGUUACUGGAGGCGGAGGGAAAUCAGCAGGAGCCACCGCAGCAUAUGAAUUGCCUGGGUAGCGCAAAGCCCUCGCUCCCUCCCUCCACGCUGUGCUGCUCUGUGCGGAGGUAGCCGCUUCAACUAACGCGACGCCGCAAACUUGGAGCGGCUGAGCGGGUAGGCUGCGUCCAGCCGUUUUUCUGGAGGAAGCCUUCGCGUCUUCUCCUCCCUCUGCGAGGUGCAAAAUUUCGGUUGAAGACGGUAUCCAGGGAACCCACCUCUUUCUCUGGGAGAUGCAUGCUGGUUGUUGCUAAGUUCGCUUCCACGGUAACAUGCACAUCCUGUUUACACCUUCAUCUGAAGAAGUUGGACUUGGCUAGUUUCACUGGCUUCACGGGGGAGCUGCAGAAGGAAGUGCUGUUUUCCCCACCCCCUCUCCAGCCCUGCCAAUUUACUCAGGAUCCUCCUUCCUCCCCAGAGGUGUUGUUCCAGGUGCCCUACGAGCCACCACACUGGGCUGCUUUCUGCGGAGAGCUCCAGAGUUUGCAUCGCCUGGUGUGAUUUCAUAGAGGAAAGAGACAGGAAGGUGGAACAGCAGCUCCCAGCAUUUUUGGUUCUGUUCUUACUGAACCCGCUCAUUUUUUGUCAAGAUGACGAACAACUCUGCAGAUCAUCAUCCCGGGAACUCUGUUGCUGAGGGCAGCCAUGAGGGGGACUUUGGAUGCUCCGUGGGGGACCUGCGGGGCCUCAUGGAGCUUCGCAGUGCAGAGGCGGUCACUAGGAUAAAUGACACCUACGGGGGAGUGCAUAACAUUUGCAAAAGAUUGAAGACCUCACCAGUGGAAGGCCUGUCCGGGAACCCCACUGAUCUGGAGAAAAGAAGGCAAGCGUUUGGGCAGAAUUUCAUCCCACCCAAAAAGUCCAAAACCUUCCUGCAGUUAGUCUGGGAAGCACUUCAAGAUGUCACCUUAAUCAUCUUGGAAAUUGCAGCCAUCAUCUCCCUGGGCCUGUCUUUCUACAGUGCUCCCGGUGGCGACAGUGAAAAGUGUGGGCAAGCAUCAGGUGGUGGAGAGGAUGAAGGCGAGGCUCAGGCUGGAUGGAUUGAAGGGGCAGCCAUCCUGUUCUCAGUCAUUAUCGUUGUCCUGGUCACAGCCUUCAAUGACUGGAGCAAAGAGAAGCAGUUCCGGGGCCUCCAAAGCCGCAUUGAACAGGAGCAGAAGUUCACGGUCAUCCGCAAGGGGCAAGUUAUUCAAAUCCCCGUGGCUGAAAUUGUAGUGGGAGACAUUGCUCAGAUCAAAUACGGGGACUUGUUGCCAACAGAUGGGAUCCUGAUCCAAGGCAAUGAUCUGAAAAUUGAUGAAAGCUCUCUGACUGGAGAGUCAGACCAAGUGAAGAAGUCCCUGGAUAAAGACCCCAUGCUGCUUUCUGGUACUCACGUGAUGGAGGGCUCUGGUCGAAUGUUGGUCUCGGCUGUGGGUAUCAACUCACAAACUGGAAUCAUUUUCACUCUUUUGGGAGCUGGAGAAGGGGAUGAGGAGAAGAAGAUCAAGAAAGGUAAAAAACCAGGAGCCCCUGAAAAUCGCAACAAAGCAAAAACUCAGGAUGGUGUUGCCCUGGAGAUCCAGCCACUGAAAAGCCAAGAAGGGGUGGAAAAUGAGGAGAAGGAGAAGAAGAAGGUGAAGGUCCCAAAGAAGGAGAAGUCAGUGUUGCAAGGGAAGCUCACCCGCUUGGCAGUUCAGAUUGGAAAAGCAGGACUGAUCAUGUCAGCCAUCACAGUCGUUAUCUUGGUGCUGUAUUUUGUGAUCGACACAUUUGGGGUUCAGAAAAAGCAAUGGCUGGCUGAGUGCACCCCCAUCUACAUCCAGUAUUUUGUCAAGUUCUUCAUCAUUGGUGUCACUGUGCUUGUGGUGGCCGUGCCUGAGGGCUUGCCCCUGGCUGUCACAAUCUCCCUGGCCUACUCUGUGAAGAAAAUGAUGAAGGAUAACAAUCUGGUUCGGCACUUGGAUGCUUGUGAAACAAUGGGCAAUGCCACUGCCAUCUGCUCAGACAAGACAGGCACUCUCACCAUGAACCGUAUGACUGUGGUGCAAGCUUAUGUGGGCGACACUCACUACCGACAGAUCCCUGACCCUGAAGCCAUCCUGCCCAAAAUCCUGGACCUCAUUGUUAAUGGUGUCGCAAUAAACUCUGCAUAUACCUCCAAAAUCCUGCCACCGGAGAAAGAAGGGGGUCUCCCACGUCAAGUUGGGAACAAGACGGAGUGUGCACUUCUGGGCUUUGUGCUGGACCUGAAGCAGGAUUAUCAAGCAGUCCGAAGUGAGGUGCCUGAGGAAAAGCUCUACAAGGUCUACACCUUCAAUUCCGUCCGCAAAUCCAUGAGCACGGUGCUGAAGAACCCAGAUGGGAGCUUCCGCAUGUACAGCAAAGGAGCAUCUGAGAUCAUCCUGCGCAAAUGCACAAAAAUCUUGGACAAGAAUGGGGAUCCCCGAAUAUUCAAGCUGAAGGAUCGAGAUGAGAUGGUGAAAAAAGUGAUUGAGCCAAUGGCAUGUCAAGGGUUGCGUACCAUUUGUCUGGCCUAUCGGGAUUUCCCUGCUGGUGUUGAGCCUGACUGGGACACUGAAAAUGAGAUCCUGUCUGACCUUACCUGCAUCACUGUGGUUGGCAUUGAGGACCCUGUGCGGCCGGAGGUGCCUGAGGCCAUCCAGAAGUGCCAGCGUGCUGGUAUUACCGUCCGGAUGGUUACUGGUGACAACAUCAACACAGCACGUGCCAUCGCAACUAAAUGUGGGAUCUUGCUGCCUGGGGAGGACUUCCUGUGCCUGGAAGGAAAGGAAUUCAAUCGGCUCAUUCGCAAUGAGAAGGGAGAGGUGGAACAAGAACAACUGGAUAAGAUCUGGCCCAAGCUCCGAGUCUUGGCUCGUUCUUCCCCCACUGAUAAACACACACUUGUGAAAGGAAUUAUCGACAGCACCGUUGGAGAACGGAGGCAGGUGGUUGCUGUGACUGGGGAUGGCACCAAUGACGGUCCAGCCUUGAAGAAAGCAGAUGUGGGAUUUGCUAUGGGCAUUGCUGGCACAGAUGUGGCUAAAGAGGCCUCGGAUAUCAUUUUGACAGAUGACAACUUCACAAGCAUUGUCAAGGCAGUGAUGUGGGGCCGCAACGUGUAUGACAGCAUCUCCAAAUUUCUUCAGUUCCAGCUAACAGUCAACGUAGUGGCUGUGAUUGUGGCCUUCACGGGUGCUUGCAUCACACAGGACUCUCCUCUGAAGGCUGUCCAGAUGUUGUGGGUAAACUUGAUCAUGGAUACCUUUGCCUCAUUAGCCCUUGCUACAGAACCCCCAUCAGAGUCUUUGCUCUUGCGUAAGCCUUAUGGCCGCAACAAGCCACUCAUUUCCCGCACCAUGAUGAAGAACAUCCUGGGGCAUGCUGUAUACCAGCUCACCAUUAUCUUCACACUGCUCUUUGCUGGUGAGAAGUUUUUUGAUAUCGACAGUGGUCGGAAUGUCCCCCUCCACUCCCCACCCACUGAGCACUACACCAUCGUCUUCAACACUUUUGUCAUGAUGCAGCUUUUCAAUGAGAUCAAUGCUCGCAAGAUCCAUGGUGAGAGGAAUGUCUUUGAGGCCAUUUUCCGGAACCCCAUCUUCUGCACUGUGGUGCUGGGAACAUUUGUUGCCCAGAUCAUCAUCGUGGAAUUUGGUGGGAAGCCAUUCAGCUGCUCCGGGCUCACCUUGAGUCAGUGGUUCUGGUGUAUUUUCAUUGGUGUCGGUGAACUGCUUUGGGGACAGCUGAUCUGUACAGUUCCAACCAGUCACCUGAAGUUCCUGAAGGAAGCUGGACAUGGCAUUACUAAGGAAGAUAUUGCAGAGGAGGAGCUCACUGAGGGUCUCGAUGAAAUUGACCAUGCUGAAAUGGAGCUCCGGCGGGGACAGAUCCUAUGGUUCCGAGGCCUCAACAGAAUACAGACUCAGAUGGACGUAGUUUACACAUUCCAGACCGGCGCCUCCUCUUUACAGGGAGCCCUCAGGAGACAGCCUUCCAUCGUGAGCCAACACCACGAUGUAAAAAAUGUUUCUAGCCCAACCCAUAUCAAAGUGGUGAAUGCGUUCCGUAGCUCCUUGUAUGAAGGUCUCGAGAAACCCGAAUCCAGAAGCUCCAUUCAUAACUUCAUGACUCACCCAGAGUUCAUCCUGGAGGAAGACGAGCCUCGGACCCCAUCCCUUGAUGAUGCUGAUCAAGACCUAGAAGAUGAAGGACUCAAAAAGCUAAGUGGGGAGAGCCCAGGCGAGUCCUCACCCCUCAACAAAAAUAACAAUGCAGUGGACGGCGAUAUAGCUGAGGACACCAUUCUGGAGCCAGAAAGCUCUUUACACAGUCUGGAAACAUCGGUUUGACCUCUGAACUUUGCUCCUCCUUCUGCUUCCUUCCCCCAUGCAACAUAAGCACCAACAUCUGACCACACACUGCGGCCACUUCCUGUCAAGUGCUCAUACAUAUAUGCCUAUAUUCCCUUUCUGCUCCCCUCUUUUAUGAUGAUUUAGCUACAGGAACCACAGUACCACAUGGUUAGAGUUUUACUUCUCAAAACCAAUUAUUUGGUGCCUCCCUUAAGUGAGAAACUGCUCUUAAGUUGGGUUCCACAUGGCUGUACUAGUGGUUUUUCCUCUUAGAAGUUGCAUGCUUAAAGAAACAAGGUUCAUAGUCUCUUAAAGAGUCGGGUUAAGCAUCUGAUGAUGCAGUUGUGGGAAUAGCUCCAUUUUUAAUCACAGAAUCUGAAUCUACAUAUUUUUGGGGAGAAGGGGAUGAGCACCAAGGGGAUGCAAUUUCUUUAUACAGGAAAGGGGGAUCUAAAUCAGGUAUUGGAUGUUAAAAUUAACCCAGUCUUCCAUCUUGGGGAGGGAGGGAAUAGUACCUGACUUUUACCAUGUAUCUGUGUGUCUCUCUCUCUUUCUUUCUUUUUUCUGUCUCUCUCUCUCGCUCUCUCUCUCUGUGUUUCCAUUGUAGUAUUGAUCAAACAGGAGAUGAGGGUGGUGGGGGGGAAGUCUUAAAAUGGCUUGUAUGUGAUGUGAUUUUUAAUAAGGCCAAAGCAGCAAGGAGAUGUGACAGCACCAUGCUCUAUGAAAUUAGGUGAGGGAGUUUGCGUUAAGAGCAAAUUAUUUCUAGACUUUGCAUUAGCUGAGAUAUGUGAAGGUGUUUUUUUUUUUAAAUGCUUGUUUGAGUCAGGUUUUGGAUUUUGCAGUUCUGCCUAUUGGGCAAAUAAGUCAUUGGCCCAAUAAAAUAAAUAUCUCGACCCCAGUCUUGGUAAGGACAGACCCCAAAGAAUGUUCCAUAAGUCUCAGCUGCGGCCCCUGCUUGGUUAUCAGAAGGGUUGUCCAAGGUCAGGUAUGCAAUAUGUAUGCAAUGUUAAAAGAUACAGCCACACCAGCUUUGGUGAUGAGCUUUCAGUUCCUAUAGUGUCUGUUGCGAUUUGCUUGUUGAAGAAUGAAAAUAUAACAAGAAGGAGUCUUGAGCACAAAAUCUUGUGUCAAAUGCUUUUAAAGGGGAGAAAUGGUUAAAGAGCUGAUUCUGUAGAGUUGGAACAUGUCAGCAGUGGCACAGACCCAUCUUCCUCAGUUAGGUAAAAUAAGACAUUACAAUAUAGCUCCUCCACAUUUCUCUUCCCUCCUCACUGUACCUGAACUAGCCUCCAUCCCUUCACAAAGUGGUUGCCUCUCAACUAUUUCAAAAGAAUGCCAGAGAAUGAAAGGUAAAAUGAAAGGUAUUGCCCUCAUCUUGGUGUAUGUUUUUGAGCAUCAAGCUGUUGGUAGGUGAGUGAAACUAUGUGAUUCAACUCUGGCAUUCAUAGCCAUAUGGGGAGCCUCCUGAUGAAACUGAGCAUAUCAAAUUGAGGGCCAGAUUGUAUAAGAGAAGAGUGGGCAUCCACAGUUCUGUUUCUGUGGACAGAGCAGUUCUCGGAGCUUGGCACUGUGGGCUUGUGUCACCACCAUAUUCUUUUCUUCACUGUUGUAACCAUCUCUCAAAGGUACUAUCUAGAAGCAAAGAGAGAACCCAGUUGUUAGCAGCUGUAUUGAAGGUUUUGUUGUCUGGCCACCUUCCCAACUUUCAAAUCAAUACAGCUGUCCUCUAUUGGUGGCUGUUAUUUACCCCCCCCCCUUUUCUUUUUCUUUCCUUUCUGUCUUUCUUUUUUGAAGAACGCACAGCAGAAAUUCCUGUGCCUUGUCUAAGCACUGCCCAAAGCGCUGCCUGCCACACGGGAAACCCGGUGCUUUGCCAAGAGAUAAGUGUUCCUUAAACAAACAAAAAUGAAAAAUAAAAUGGAGCAUUUUGAUUUCAUUUUUGAACCCCUUCACCUUGCAGAUUGGUCACUGAAUUUCAUCACGAGUUCAAGGCAGACCGAUGAAAAUUCCUUCUGUAGGUCUUCUGUUCCACUGCUGGUGUAAAGAGGACUUGAAUGCUAGGCUCAAACAACUGCCAAUAUCCAAGGGUGGGAAACACCCAUCAUCAACCAUCUUAAUUGCAAAUAUGGCACCAUGCCAUUUCCUUUUGUUUGCCUUCCAGAAAAAUCCACUUCAUUCCUUUCAUCUGAACUAUACACAUUGGGAGGAAUAUGGGGGAGGGGCUAUGUGACCUAUCUGAUGACAGAGAAGUAAAACACCAUUCAUUUAGUUCUGUUUUAACAGCUAUACUGCUUAAAAGGUCAUUUUUUCUAUUUAAAAUACUUGCAAAAAAAAGGUGAUGUUAGGCGCUUGCAUAAAUAUUUAUGAAACAUUUUUGGGAGGGGUCACUGGUUGUU